AUGGUAAAGGCUCGUCUCCAUAGUCCUCCUAAUGGUAUUGGUGCUGGUGAGAAUCCUAAGCUAGUUCCUAGGUCCUUAAAUAUACAAGGAUCAUUUGCCGAGUUGACAAAACCUUUUAAAGUCCCUUACAAGAAUAAUAACAAAAGAAAUGUCGAGAAUGAUAACAGCGUCCGUAGGACACGUAGAAGAACCGGAAUAUCCUAUGCCGGUAUGGAUGUGGACGUGGAUAUGAGUAUGAACAAUGUAGAAGAAGAAGAAGAAGAAGAGGAGAGACGUGUAAGAGCAGAUGCACUGAGUGCGCAUAGACUAGCUCAAGAUCCACAACGACUCUCUAAAAUUGAAAAUACUUUAAGGAGAUCCUUCACAGUUCCUAUUAAAGGUUACACACAACGACACAGUCUCCCACUAACUUUAGGUACCAAGAAAAAAGUAAUACCCGAACCAAGACCACUUCAUGAUCCAACUGAUGAGUUUGCUAUUGUCCUUUAUGAUCCCACUGUGGAUGGUGAUAUGGAACGUAAUGACUCGUUACCAGUAGCACCGCCAUCAAGUUCAGACUCUAAUUCACAGACCCAGAUUAAUCGUGUUCAGCUAAUGACUAAUGGUGUAAGAAAUAAAUCACUAAAGGAAUUGCUUGGUGAAACCGAAACUCAAUCGAAAAAAUUUCCAAACAUUCCAGUAGUAAUUGAUCCCAAAUUGGCUAAAAUUUUAAGACCACAUCAAGUGGAAGGUGUGAGGUUUUUAUAUCGAUGUGUUACUGGUCUUGUCAUGAAGGACUUUCUAGACAAAGAGCUUGUUACUAAGGGGGUGGAAAAUACAACUCAAGAGGUUAAUAGAGGUGCAUAUGGUUGUAUUAUGGCAGAUGAAAUGGGAUUGGGUAAAACCCUUCAAUGUAUUGCAUUAAUGUGGACACUCCUAAGGCAAGGUCCUCAAGGUAAAAGACUUAUUGACAAAUGUAUUAUUGUAUGUCCAUCGUCCUUAGUUAACAAUUGGGCAAAUGAAUUGGACAAAUGGUUGGGACCCGGUACUUUAUCACCGUUAGCGAUUGAUGGUAAGAAGAGCUCUUUAAAUAAUGGAAGUGUAUCAGGCGCAAUUCAUUCAUGGGCACAGGCACAAGGUCGUAAUAUUGUUAAACCGGUUUUAAUCAUUUCAUAUGAAACUCUAAGGAGAAAUACAGACCAACUCAAAAAUUGUAAUGUGGGACUCAUGUUAGCUGAUGAAGGUCAUAGACUGAAAAAUGCUGAUUCAUUAACAUUCACAUCUUUGGAUAGUAUCGAUUGUUCUCGUCGUGUUAUUCUUUCUGGUACCCCCAUUCAGAAUGACCUUUCAGAAUAUUUUGCUUUAUUAAAUUUCUCUAAUCCAGGUUUAUUGGGAUCAAGAUCAGAAUUUCGUAAAAAUUUUGAAAUUCCUAUCUUGAAGAGUCGUGAUGCUGACGCUACUGACGAAGAUGUACGCAAGGGCCAAGAAAAACUAUCGCAAUUAUCAUAUGUGGUUUCAAAAUUUAUCAUUAGACGUACAAAUGAUAUUUUAGCCAAAUAUUUACCUUGCAAAUAUGAACAUGUUAUAUUUGUGAAUUUGACACCAUUUCAACGUGAACUUUACAAGAAAAAUGUCGAAUCGAGAGAUGUCAAAAAAUUAGUCAAAGGUGUUGGUGGUACACAACCUUUAAAAGCUAUUGGUCUUUUGAAAAAAUUGUGUAAUCAUCCAGAUUUAGUGGAUUUUAAUGAAGAAAUUGAAAAUUUGGAUGAAAUAUCAAUACCGGAUGAUUACGAGUGGAAUUCGAAACGUAAAGAUCUUCAGGUAAAAUAUUCUUCAAAAUUUUCCAUAUUGGAAAGGUUUUUAGCAAAGAUCAGAAGUGAAUCUGAUGAUAAGAUUGUCAUUAUUUCUAACUACACUCAGACCCUUGAUCUCAUUGAAAAACUCUGUCGACAAAAGAGGUACGGUUCAGUGAGACUCGAUGGUACUAUGGGUAUCAACAAGAGACAGAAACUAGUCGAUAGGUUUAACGAUCCCGAGGGUCAAGAAUUUGUAUUUUUAUUAAGUUCUAAAGCCGGUGGUUGUGGUAUUAAUUUAAUCGGCGCGAAUAGAUUGAUUCUCUUAGAUCCCGAUUGGAAUCCAGCUGCUGAUCAACAAGCACUAGCCCGUGUUUGGAGAGAUGGUCAAAAGAAGGAUUGUUUCAUCUACAGAUUCAUAUCAACAGGUUCCAUAGAGGAAAAAAUUUAUCAACGGCAAUCAAUGAAAUUAUCGCUAAGUUCAUGCGUUGUUGAUGCGAAAGAAGAUGUAGAAAGGUUGUUCUCUGCAGAUAAUUUGAAACAAUUGUUUCAAUUUAAUGAUAAAACUAUUUGUGAAACCCAUGAAACCUACCACUGUAAACGUUGUAACAAGGAUGGUAAACAAAUGGCUAGAUCACAAGCGAUGCUUUACGGUGAUGCAACUACUUGGAACCAUCUAAUUCACAAAGAUUUAGAGAAAACCAAUGAUCAUUUACUGCGAAAUGAAUUUAAUCAUAAGGAUAUCAGUUAUGUUUUUCAGUACAUUUCUCAUUAA